CUAUAUUUUGGCUCACUUCAGUUACAUUGACGAUCAAGUGUGGCAAGAAUUCUUACACACAAUUCAGCUGCAGUCUAUGUGUGGGAAUACGCCAAAGACCUGUGGCUCAACCGGAUAGAGGUGCGUGGUUCUUUGACGUCUUCUUCCACGACACGAUGACGUUUGCAGCCCACAGAGAGAAGUUGCGAGAACUCCCCCUCGUGUCCUUAUUAUGCUCCUGUAUUGUCCAAAACGCCGCUGACUCCACCGCUGCCAGUGCAGAGAAGGAAGGCCAUUUCAAAGGUACCGUGGACCUGAAGCUGGGCGCCAUCCGCCACUUGGAGGUGACGGAGGUGAGCGGGCAUGCGGGCGGCCGGGCCUUCCAGGUCAUCCUCAAGCCGCCCAGCUUCGGCGAUGUGCCGCCAAAGGCCAUCAUGCCACCUCAUCACAAUCCCCCGCCGGUGGAGAUUCCGAGCAAGCGGGAUAACCGGGAUAACCGGAUAGCGAGGGAGGCGGAGCUUCUCAAGCAAUUGGCAGGGAGAAGGGAAUCCAGACGGCAGGUCACCGACGACAGCCUCAGCAAAGACAUCAAACCCUCGGCAGAGGUGUCUUGACCGCGACGACGCGUCUGAAGGAUUGAUUUCAGCGUCGUCCGCUUCGAGUGGGACAAAGAGGAGAAUUUCCAAACGUGAGCUUCUCCGAGAAGAGGAAGCAAGACCCAUGGAGCGUGUUGGCCUGGUUUCCGUGCCAAAGGCAGUUCUGUGGGACAGUGGUCACUGUUGCCACCUCCCGCCAACAGAGGGCAUGACAGCAAAGGCAGCGUUGCUUCUAUGUGUAAAUAAAAAUG